AUGUCUCACCUGGGUACGACGAAUUCCACUUUAAACGUUGCCGUCCUGAGGGAGCUGGCAAGAAAGGAGUUGACAAACGUCCUCGAUUCAAUAAGGGGAAAAAAAUGCUUGGUGUUGGAUCCCAAUAUAAGUGGACCGCUGAGUCUUAUCGCCGAAUUUUCUUUGCUAAAGGAUCACGGUGUUGAAAAAAUCAUUUAUCUUCAACAAGGAAUAUUGGAGACCGACAUCUAUAGCUUCAUCUAUAUUUGUCGACCACAGUUGCAAUAUAUGAAGUACAUCGCAGGACAUCAGAAUGAAAACUUGUCCAGAUCCAAUGCUCAAAGGUACGAAUAUAGCCUCUUUUUUGUUCCACGACGGACCAGGAUUUGUCAAAAAGUUUUAGAGGAGACCGAAUAUCACCUUGAUUUGAUUCCCUUUGAGGAUGAUCUCUUGUCCUUAGAAUUGGACAACACUUUUAAAGAACUUUAUCUGGAUGGAGAUCAUACUUCGAUUUACUAUGCCGCGAGGGCACUCAUGAAACUCCAAAAUUUGUUUGGACUGUUUCCCAGGGUGAUAGGGAAAGGGGAUUGUGCAAAACACCUUGCCGACAUGCUCCUGCGCAUGCGACGUGAGGUGGCGGUUGACGACCCAUCUUCGACGCCGUCCGUAUCACCAAACAUCGAUUCACUUAUCAUCAUCGAUCGAUCCGUUGAUCUUAUUACCCCCUUGUUUACUCAAUUGACAUAUGAGGGAUUAAUAGAUGAGGUGUUUGGUAUUCGAGCCUCGCAUGCGGAGGUGGACUCUUCGAUUGUAGGGCCAGCACCGCAAAAACCCGCGGCAGCGGCUAACUCCGUAACAUCCACGGCAACGGCCUCCCCAUCUCAACCUCCACCUCAACCUCAGGCAAAGAAAAAGAAGGUCGUCCUUAAUUCUGGUGAUAAACUGUUUAGCCGGUUGAGAGAUAUGAAUUUCGCUGUAGUCGGUGGUGUCCUUAGUAGCGUCGCCAAGAGGAUCAAUGACGACUAUGAGGCAUAUAUUGGAAGGCAUCAAGCAAAGACCAUGGGGCAGAUUCGAGAGUUCAUUAAUAAAUUGGGAGGAUUACAAUCGGAACAUCAAUCUUUAAGGAUCCGUAUUGCCGAGGAGAUAGUGGGAGUCACCGUUACCCCCGAAUUUAACAAGGCUCUAGAGGUGCAACAAAAUCUGGUUGCGGGUAUAGACGUAAAUACGCAGAAUGAGUACAUAGAGGAAAUGAUCAAUCGACAGGCUCCGCUUGUUCAAGUCCUACGACUGUUGUGUCUUCAGAGUCUUGUAAACGGUGGGUUGAAACAAAAGAACUUCGAAUUCUUCAAGAAAGAAAUCUUGCAGACCUAUGGUUUCGAACACCUUCAAACACUUUUGAAUCUCGAAAAGCUUGGCAUGUUCGUAAAGCAAGUUUCGAAUCGUAACCAAUAUGCAUAUAUUCGAAAGUCACUUCGGUUGAUCGUCGAUGAAGUUGACGAACAUAAUCCUCAAGACAUCUCAUACGUAUAUUCAGGUUACGCUCCCCUGAGUGUACGAUUAUUGCAAUGCGUGUCUACCAAAGGCGGUCCAUCAGCAAUUAAUACUUCCAACGUUUCGGGUGGCGCAACCGGAGCCGCAGCUAAUACAAGCACCAACAUUCGGAGUAAUGGAUGGAAAGGGUAUGAAGAUGUGUUGAGAAUGAUUCAAGGAAAAACAUUCGACGAGGUUCAAAGGUUAGAGGAGGGUGCUAUUCGUCCUAAGAGAUUGAUGCAAGGGCAACAACCGCAUGUCACCCUCAUAUUUUUCUUGGGUGGAUGUACCUAUACCGAGAUUUCGGCGAUACGCUUUUUGGCGCAGCAAGAUGAGAGUCACCACGAAUUUGUUAUCGCCACAACUCAGAUAAUCAACGGAAACUCAUUAUUAAACUCGAUCAUACAGAAAGUCGAUCAUCCUGGAGUGACGGCUUGA